UCUUUGUUAUUGUUUUGCUCUGACGUCAUUGAACUGGGGCUUUCCCUCCCGGCACAUGCGCAGUGGCGGUAACCAACAUGGCGGCGAUGUGAUGAAAAAAAAAAGUGGGAGGGGGGCGAGUGAAACAACAACAACAUCAUGGCUUCCAACGACGAACUGAAGCAGUUUGUCGAACAAUGGAAACACGAGAUACAAAGCUCCAACCACAAGGCAGCAGCAGCAAAACCAAGCGGUCAAGACCAAGAGCUACGUUUGCCAGGAACUCAUAGGUUUUGUUCAAGUGGGGAGGGGGGCGCCUGCUCUUCCAAACAAGAACAACAACGCAAAGAAAGUAGAACUUCCACCAAAACGCCCCCACAUCAACUCCCAGGGCGCCAUUCGUGCAAUCAGGACGAUUUAAACAGCGAUUACCGCCCGUUUGUGCUCGCAGACCAGUUGCUAAAGGGUCAGCCGACAGAGAGUCUGCUAGAAGAGCGGCAGGACAGGAAGAGACGAAAGACUGACGCCUGUAGCGGCGGCGUCUCGCCACCAGCCAGCUCCCAGCCUCGGGGGAACCAGAACACCUUUCUGGAGCAAUUGAUCUCCGAUUUGGAUGAGAUCAACGAGAUCCCGUUUUUCGAGAUCAGCCUGCCGAGGGAGCUGGCUCUACAGAUCUUCCAACAUCUGAGCAUGGAGGACUUAUGCAGGCGUGCACAGGUGAGCUCCAGUUGGAGAAGUCUGGCAGACGACGAGGUUUUGUGGCAGAAGGUCGGGCGGAGUCUCGGCUGCGUCUUAAGUCCCGACGGCACAGGAGGACAGAAGUGUAAGGAGCUGGUCAAGAUGCACGUCGAGACAGACAGAACCGUCACAAGGAACUGGAAGACCCGUGUAGGGCAGAUCGACUAUCUGGAAUGUGCCAUCGGAGGCUUCCUGUCUGCUGCCUACUCCUGUGGAACGCACAUCGUGGCAGGGUUUUCAGAGGGAAUAGUCCGGCUCUGGGACAUCCUUGCAGAUGAGAACACACCCAGCGUCCUGUUAGAGUCUAACCAGGAGCAGGCUGUCUGUAGCGUCUCUGUGAACCCUACCGUCACGGCCGCGGCGUUCGGGAGUGGAGAUGUGAGUAUCUGGAGUACAGAACACGGCGGCACCCCCCUGCACCACUUCAGCCUGGACCAGGGGGGCCCCCCUCAGGUCUGUACCUGCCCAGGGGGUACCGUGGUGGCGUCUGCGCGCGGCACGGUGGUGAGGGUGGACUCGCCAGACGCUGUGGGGGUCUGGCAAUGUCGGCAGAACUUCAGCUGUGACAAGAAGGUGACUCACCUGUCCCUGGCACAGAAGGGUGAGGCCCUGUCCGACCACCUGGUCGUCAUGGCUACAGACUAUGACGUGUACGCGUACCGACCCCACCUGCCCCCGGAGGAGCGGCUCAGGUUCCACGCGCUGUACGGCGCCGCGGUCGAGUGUCUCGACGCCACGGCUGAGCAGGCGGCCGUAGCAUCGACGUGCUUUGGUGUCUCUUUAGAAGACGUCUUCAAGGUUCAGUGGUACAGUCUGGACACAGGCAAACAGCUGAUCAGCCUGCGGGGUCACCGAGGUCAGGUCACCUGUAUGGACCUGCGGAACAGUCCACCCAACAUGCUGGUCACGGGGGCCGCAGAUAAAAGGGUGCGCGUGUUUGACGUUCGGACCCCCCGGGCAGUGCUGAACCAGUACGCCCACCCCCUGGGGGUGUCGUGUGUCCAGAUGGACGACUGGAAGGUGGUGAGCGGAGGUCAGGAGGGGUCACUGUGUGUGUGGGACCUGCGCAGCCAGAACAAGCUGUGGGAGAUGAAGCCCAGUAAAGUCCACCCGAUCCAGUACUGCCGGUUCCGAGGCCCCCAUCUGAUCGCAGCGUGCUACCCGGCCCCCUCCCGCAGACUGGAGGACCCGAUGGACCAGAGCAGGCGCCAGGCAGAUGUCAAAGGUCGGAUCAACGUGUACGAUUUCUCCGUGGACCAGACGACGCGCGACGUUCCCGACAUCUGCAAGGCUGAUUACGACGAACCGGAGGGCUACAACUACAACAUCAACCUGGCCAUGCCCUACGACACGUUAUGACACCUGUCAAUCAUUUUGACGGAAGUUGUCAGUGAUGACUUUUGUAUCUAUAUGUUUACUCAAUAUGUAAUUUAGCUGCCUUAUAAUAUGACUUGUAUAUAAAAGUACAAUUUAAAUGAUGUCUACUACAAGGUAAAUGAUGAUAAUACUUGAGCAUAUACUUGUGAAUAUAUAUGAUGCGUAUGGGUUGAGGUAGGAACAAUGAUAUAGCCAUUUUGCUAAUUUUUGCAAAUGUAGGAAAACGGUGACGGUAUAGCUUUGAGAUUACAAUUACUACACUAUGCACCCCUAGGAAGAAAUCAGACAUGGAAGCACCAAGAUUCUUGUUUGUAAUUGCAAGUUUUAUUCCACCAUUAACUUAUAAUAAGU